UUUGUUGAUGUAUAUAAUUAAUCAUGUUGUUAUUUACAUGUGUGACAGGAAUUAAUUGGUUUUCUUGUCUCUCUGCUUGUUCAACAUGAGUCAUUUCUGUGUGGAAGUACUGGUGAAGGAAAACAAAGAGAUACACUGUAAUGGUGUGCAGUAGAGGAGCUCUCUUCAUCUGCCCUGGGCAAGUGGUGAAGUUGGUACAUUUUUUAUGCCAGUAUUAAGAUUAUAAACUGCAUACAGAUGGCUAGCCAGAAGCCAUUGAACUUGUGGUAAUUAGGAUAUGAAGGCAGUUUACACAGGAGUCUGAGUGAAACGACAACUUCUGUCUCUUCUUUUUAGAAACAGAAAAAUGAAGAUUUUACAGAUUGGUUAUAAUGACAAGUUUCCUCCAUGAAUAGCUUAAGAUAACAGAUCCCAAAAUGGAUGGUCAGCCAUCUUUAGAUGCUGUGAUGGGCUCCAUCCAGUCUCAACUGGAGAAGGGUUUAAAACAGGGCAGCAAGAUAGCAGCCCAGAGUGCCAUCGCUAACUUACAGAAAAACCACAGUAGUCAUAGACAGAAAGUAAAGCUGGAUUACAUGGGAGAAAAACGUGUUGUUACGUUGCCCCGGCCUGUUGUUUAUGAUGACGUUUGUGCCAAGAUUCGGGAGAUGUAUGGAUUUGAUAUGAAUAUAGUUUUCACACAGUCCAAUGGAGAGAUAAAAACUCCAAUUUGUAAUCAAAAUGACCUUGACAUGGCCAUUGCUUUAGUGGAUAAAAAUGAGAGAUCAACAAGUCUUCGUUUAAUCCUGACCGCUCCUGUGGGUCAAGGUCACGGCCGGAGAACAGGUGCCCCCUCCAUAGACACUGGUUACUCUUCCAUUAGAUCUCAGGGACGAGAUAUAGAAUCCCCCAGCCCUCCACCAGGUUCUCUGCCCCACAACUUCAGCCACAGUGUGUCAUGUAAUUCCAUCAACAGUGAGGGGGAGUUCAUCCCAGAGGGUGACGAGACUGGCUCAAUGACAGAAAGCAACAUAUCAUUAGACAGCAAUUACAUGAGCUCUUAUGGUGGUGACACAUUCCCACUCAGGGGCCGAUCCACUUCACGUAGGAGUAUUUUGCCUGGUGAAAGGGAAGAAGAAGGUCGAAAUCAGUUUGGGACAUUCCCUCGGAGUAUGGGCUCUCUGUCUCAACAAAUGGUGGAAGGACCCAGUACAUUUCCCCGAAUCCGACCGACGGUCAGUUCGCGGCCCGACCUCAGUAACAGCCUGCGGUCCGUGAUGUCCUCGAGGGGGAGUGAGGGUACAAUGUCCACCGUCAGCUCCAGUAGUAACAGCAGCGGCUUCCCUCCUGAUCACGACAUGGACUCACCUGAUGGACGCAUCAUGAUCAAACGCAAUAGUGAUCUAGAUAGUCCUGUCUAUGCCUUAGCAGAUCUCUCCUUAUCAAAAUCCCCGCGUUGUCCUGUGAACUGGAAGGCGGGGUCCCUGUUAGGGAGUGGGGCGUUUGGGGAGGUGUACGUUUGUCAUGACAAGGACACAGGCCGAGACCUCGCCAUGAAAGUGGUCCGACUAGAACAGAUGAAUGCUGAAACGUCCAAGGAAGUCCGAGCUUUGGAAAAUGAAAUUCAUCUGCUGAGAAACUUUGAACAUGAAAGAAUUGUCUCCUACUUUGGUUGUGCCCAAGACAAGCAAUCAUUAUAUAUCUUUAUGGAGUACUUACCUGGAGGUUCUGUGAAAGAUGAAAUCACUAAAUAUGGAUCUCUGACAGAAAACGUGACCAGAAAGUAUACUAAACAGAUGUUAGAGGGCCUGGCUUACCUCCAUAAAAAUGUCAUUGUACACAGAGAUAUUAAAGGUGCUAAUAUACUGAGAGAUGGUAAUGGUAACAUUAAGUUGGCUGAUUUUGGUGCCUCUAAGCGCCUACAGACCAUUGUUAGUGCCACAGGUCUACACUCAGUGGUGGGAACACCGUAUUGGAUGUCUCCGGAGGUUAUAAAUGGGGAAGGUUACGGGCGUAAGGCCGACAUCUGGAGUGUUGGCUGUACAAUAGUGGAAAUGGUCACCACCAAGCCACCCUGGGCAGAGUAUGAGUCUAUGGCUGCAUUAUAUAAAAUUGCUAUGGAGAAAAAACCUAGAUUCACAUUGCCAAAUCAUAUUUCAGAACUGUGUCAUGAUGUUCUCAAUAAAACAUUUGAUAGAAAUCCGAGCACAAGGCCAACCGCAAUAGACUUAUUAGGUCACAGAUGGAUAACGGGGUAAAAAUCAAGUAUUGUAUUGCAGAGGUUUCCUCAAACAAGUGUUCAUCUGACAAACAAAAUUCUUUGCAACAACCUAAACCAGAAGUGAAAAGGGAAUUAUCUUUGUCAAACAAAGUAUAUAUCUCUUCAUAUACCUUCUGCGGAAAAUCCAGGACUUGUAUUUCUGAUGUAUAUAAAAGGAGUAUUGAAUACCCACAGACGUCUUUCAAGAAUGAUGUACUAGAAACACAAACAGUGUCUGAGACAUGUCGAAUCAAGUUCCUUGGAUUUGAUAUGCAGAAUUGCUAUAUAUAUAAGAUUCCAGUGGGCAUAUCGGAGUGGGAGUGAGGAGUACCAGAGGGUUCUGACUUUGAGAAUCAGUGCUUCAGAUGAAUAUAUCUGACAGACUUGGGAUACAAAGUAUUAAUUAGCUAUGACAGUUCUGUAAAACCCACCAUCUCACCAGCAUAUAGUUCAACCUUCCAUUUCAUUAUUUUUACUUGUUUUAUAAAACCAUGUCAAUAACCAUUAUAGAUGUUUCAUCAGGAAAUUAGAUAUUUCAAACUUCACUGUGCAAACAAAGGGCAAAAAAAACAAACUAUGCACCAGUCCUGUCUACAAGUGACACUAUUCACUUUAUUUUUUGAAAAGAAUGCAUGUCUUAUGGAAAAUAAUCUUUAUAAUACUGACCCCAUAUUCGUAGACUCAUUUGGACCUCUUUUUAAGCAUAACUAUAUUUGACUGUUGAUAGGUCAGCUCAUUUAUUCUGAUUUCAGGAACAACCACUGGUUAUUUUGAAUUUUUAAAAAUAAAAAAAUAUCAGGGUAUGUAAACUAGCACUACAUGAAGUAACUUGAUUUUGUGUCUUUUAAAUUUUAGCAUAUGUGUAAUUAUGAGCAAUCAAUAACCUUGAUUGCUCUUAGCAAUAUAUAAAAUUGAUACUUUGAUUUUGAUAAUGAAAUAGCACUAUGAGACUGCAUUAAAGAAAAAUAAAUCCAACUAAAAUAAAUAUAGUCCUACAGUACUAUGGCGCCCUUGUAUAUUAAUGGCAAACAUGAACAAAAAUCAUCGAAUUUCUGAGAUUAUUUGAAGAGAAAAUCAUUUGCACAAAGAUGAGAUGAUAUUACAGUUCCAUUACUCCUGGUUGACUUGAUUACUCCUGAGUAUUGUACAGUAGAUGUUUAUUGUAUGCCUUACUUCUAUCUAUUGCCACAUUUCUUUCACUCAUGUAAAAUCUAGGUUCUAGUGUUAAGACUAUUUUUAUACAUUGUAUUAUGGUAAGACGUAUCUAAGUCAGAGUGCCUGACAAAUGCUGCUUUACGUCUGUCGUUACUGAUGUAUCUUUUUUUAUGGUGUUCUUCUGUUAACAAGAAAUCUGUAUUUUGAUAUGAAAUCAUUUUUCACAGUGUUGAUUUUUUAGUAAGACAGUACCUGAUAUAGUCAUUCAAUUUAUUUUUCCUGCCUCUCGUCAUAAAGGUGCAAUGAAUUACUAUAGACACUCUUGGGCAUUAUUCCCAUUCAGUGUAAACUUAUUUUGAUUAAUGACAUUUCCAAAAAUGUUCUUGUGGUAUGAGAGUUUUAAAGAUUUGGCUUAAUGUCUGUAUCCAUGACAAUUAGGAAGCAGUAGUUCUGUGUCAGUCUGAUGCUUUCCUUUUGACCAGUCCUGUCUAUGUUCUCUGCAGAAGUGAGUUCAUUGGGUACACAAAUUAUUUUGAAAAACUAGGUUUCAUCCAAGUUGGUGAGAUUUUCUGUCAUAAAUCAGUAUUUGAAGGUGCAUUUAAAAGUUGUAUACCUUCAUUAAAGGAAAGAGAACCAGAUUUAUAUAAGCAAUUUUAUUCCUACAUGAUUGUUAAAAAAAACUAUUAUUUUUCUUGGUCACUUUGUAAUUUUUUUUUAAGGAAGUGCAUUUACUUAUUCCACAGUAUUCAUUGAUUUACUGCAAGGUUACUAGUUUUGUUUCUUGAAUGAUUUGUCAUAGAGGAGGGGAGGAAAGUACAUGUACUGUGUAUCACAUCACUAUAUUUUAUUUAAGUACUGUAAUCUUCAGCAGGGCUUUGAACUUAAAUUUCAAUUCAGUUAGGAGACUGAUCAGCAAAACACAUAUUCUGGAAAAUUUAGAGUUAUUGUACCUAUUUUGAGAUUGCACCGUUUCCAUUUGCUGUGUUAUUUGAUUUAUCAAAUUUAACUAAUUUUAUAUUUUUAUUGAGCAUAAAAUUAUUUUUGAAAGAGCCCUAUUAAAUUAUUAAAACAAUUGAAUGAUAACCAGGCACACAUUUUCCUGGAAAGAAAAUAUUUUAUUUAAAGUUCUUUUGAAGUUCAUUUUUGUUCUCCAAAGUAGCAAAAAGCCUCAUUUAGAAGAAAAAGUUUACUAAAUUACUAUUUACUGAUACCAGACCCUAGCUUUCUAUAUAAUCACAUUUUCAAAGAUAACUACAUUAAAUCAAAUGUGUAUAAAUUGUACAGAUGCUAUAUGUUAAAUAGUAGCUACAGAUUUCAUGACGAAUGUGAUAGAUGGAAGUAAAAACUCCAAGUCCCAGUGAUUAUUUGUAUAUAAGUGUAAAUAAUGUGUACAGGUGUUCAUAAAUAUAUAGCACUAGAAACUAUACUUAACAUUGCAGGCUUUAAGGACGAGUAUUAAUGGUGGUUUCUCUCUCUUUAUUGAAGUUAAACUUUACUUUGUGUAUACAUUUAGAGAUAAGAAAUUGAGGAUAGCAAAGUUUAAAUUCAUGUAAAAUUUCUAUUUUCUCAUUUUUAGAGAAAGGGGUGGGGUGAGUUUUUUUUUAUUGAAAUUAUUUGACAAGACAGUAAAUUAUUGAAAUUAUUGUAAAAAAAAAAAUAACUAGAGAAGUUUUAUAUCCUUUUUUAAAAAAAUUAAUCAAUUAGAGCACGUUGAUCGACCAAGAGCUCACGAUGUAAGAGAGAAAACCUACAGUGUUUGUUUGUACAUGUAAUAUGUUUAUGAAUGAAUGUUAUGAACAAAUUUUCUAUCAUGUUAAGUUAUGUAUACACACAUAUAUAUAAAUAUAUAUAUUAUAUAGAUCAAAUUAUUAUUAUAAAGAUAUUAUUGUUUUGUAUUGUAAUUGUGUCGGUUUAUAGCCAGGCACUUUGACCGCAUUCUGAUGUUUUAUGUAUGUCACCUCUGUGAAGAUGUUAUAACCCAUUUUACACAGAUUUUGAAAGGAUUUUAAAAUUUUUCAAGUUUUAGCCCCUUGUUAUGAUGUUUAAUCUUUAUUUUAUGGAAACUGUCACUUUUUUAUAAGUACAGAAAAACUGUAUUUUUCGUAUUUAUUUAAAUUUUGAAAUUUAGAAGCAACCUUCUCCUAUGGAACUUGAAAUUUGGUGAUGCAAGAAUUUAAGAGUAUUGAAACAAUUAAACUUGAAUUUGGAUAACUUUACAAACUAGAAGUGCAGGGAGCUCGUAUGACCUGUUAUAACUAGCCUGUGAUUAUACCUGACUAUUUUUGUUAUACCUUUAUGCAAAUCAUGAAUCUUCAUCACUUGUGUCAUUUGUGCCUUAUUUUUAUACACCAAUAAAAUUGUGUAUAAGUAAA